AUUAGGUCCAUACCUACGCACACAACAAGCCAUUUGAAAAGAGGGAGUGCGCGAGAGAGAGGGAAGAAAAAUGGAGAAAGCAGGAGGCGUUAGGGCUGUCGUGUCUGCAAUGGAUGCUUACGAGAAGCUGGAGAAGGUAGGAGAAGGGACGUACGGGAAGGUGUACAAGGCGAAAGAGAAGGCGACGGGGAAGAUCGUGGCCCUCAAGAAGACUCGCCUCCACGAGGACGAGGAAGGCGUACCUCCCACCACUCUCCGCGAGGUCUCCAUCCUCCGCAUGCUCUCCCGCGAUCCCCACGUCGUCAGGUUGAUCGAUGUCAAACAAGGUCAGAAUAAAGAAGGGAAGACAGUACUCUACUUGGUCUUUGAGUACAUGGAAACUGAUCUCAAAAAGUUCAUACGGAGCUUCCGUCAAACAGGAGAGAACAUUCCUGCCAGAAUCGUUAAGAGUUUGAUGUUCCAACUUUGCAAAGGUGUUGCUUUUUGCCACGGUCACGGAAUCUUACACAGGGAUCUAAAACCUCACAAUCUCUUGAUGGACCCAAAGACAUUGGUGCUUAAAAUAGCAGAUCUGGGACUUGCUCGAUCAUUUACCGUACCAAUUAAGAAGUACACUCAUGAGAUAUUGACUCUGUGGUAUAGAGCUCCUGAAGUCCUUCUAGGAUCUACCCAUUACUCAACUGCCGUAGAUAUGUGGUCUGUUGGCUGUAUAUUUGCCGAGCUCGUCACAAAGCAAGCACUCUUCCAAGGGGAUUCUGAACUGCAGCAACUCCUCCACAUAUUCAAGUUAUUAGGUACUCCAAAUGAAGAAAUGUGGCCUGGUGUAAGCAGCCUGAUGCAUUGGCAUGAGUACCCCCAAUGGAGGCCAAAACCCGUGUCAACCGCUGUUCCUAAUUUGGAUAAAGAUGGGCUGGAUCUGCUAUCUCAAAUGUUGCAGUAUGAGCCCUCAAAGCGUAUUUCAGCUAAGAAAGCUAUGGAACAUCCCUACUUCGAUGAUCUGAACAAGGACUCUCUCUGAACAGAAAAGCCAUCCGGAUGGGAAAUUUUCUGCUGUAGGAAAUUUUAUCUGCUUGCCUUAAGCAAACCUUCCAAGUCAUGUUAAAUUUUGUUUUAGGAUGAAGAAUUUGUUCUAGAUUUGAUUGCUGUGAACACUGCUUUUAAGAUUUUAAUGACAAUAUAUGGUUGCUUAGGUGCCUCCAUAAUUUCAAAUUGCA